AUGGCAGCAGUACAGCCACUCGUUUGCAUCAGUGAUGGUUGCAUGAAAGGAACAACAAGGAUGGAUAACGAGAAUAGAACAUACUCAGCCUAUCUCGGAAUUCCCUAUGCGAAGCCUCCAGUCCGUGAGCUUCGCUUUGCGAAUCCUGUCCCCAACGACCCGUGGAAUGGAACGUACGAUGCAACAAGCGCAAAAAUAUUCUGCCCUCAGCAAAUUCUCCAAGCAUUAUAUUAUGGCUUAGAAGAUUGCCUCUAUCUGAACGUGUUUGUACCCGAAUAUAAUACAUUUGAUAAUGCUGGUCUCCUGCCUGUGAUGCUGUACAUCCAUGGAGGAGCAUUUAGCCGGGGUGCAGCAAAUGAAUUUACGCGUGAUCCGGUGCGACUGAUGACCACCCAGAGAGUGAUUGUCGUUACUAUUCAGUACAGGUUGGGUGCAUUAGGAUUCCUUUCCACAGGAGACCUCUCGGCUCCCGGUAACUUUGGCAUGAAAGAUCAGGUUCUAGCGAUGCGAUGGGUCCAAAGGAACAUUCGUGCCUUCCGUGGGGACCCGCAGCUUAUCACUAUCUUUGGAGAAAGCGCCGGCGGAGCUAGUGUACAGUACCACAUGAUCAGCCCCAUGAGCCGUGGUCUGUUCCAGCGCGCUAUCACCAUGAGCGGAAGUGCGUUUUCGCUUUGGGGCGUUCCCGCGGUCAAUCCUCUUGAAACGGCUCGAGCACAAGCGAAAGCAGUCGGUAUUACGGAUGCCGAUACUAUCUCUACCGCUGAGCUGAUCACCACCAGUCAGCUGCCGAUAUCAGCGUGCCGGUGCCGAUGGUUGCUGGUGAUCGAUAAUAAGACACCGAAUGCUACCGAAAAUCGAAUCGUGAACAAGAGCAGCUAG